AUGGAAACGUCUACCACUUAUCCGAAAAUUGAAAUCAUUUCACAAAUACGAUUGCAUCCACCACAAAAUCCAACGAUUUCACAACUGCACGGUUUACUGAGGGGAUCUAGCGUAGGAGGGGUACCUGAAAAAGUUCCGUUGUACAGCGGUAGCGACAUCUACAUAGCAUUGGAGGACCUGGUAAAAAUCUAUUCUUCCAACCCGGCUCUCUAUACUGCCCGACUGAUGGACAUAAUAUUCGGUAGAGAGAUAUUGAAUAAUGCAUGCAUUGAACCAGCGGGGAAUGAAGACGAUUUGGAACAACUGGAUUCACAUAAACUGCGAUAUAUGAUUGGCUCCCCCAAAGUCAGUGCGGCCAAGUUCGGCUACACCCAGAAGGGAAGGGCGAUGUUGCUGUACAACGGAUAUGCCUACAUCAAAGACCGCCAGGCUCAGAAGAGCUGCAACUGGAAGUGCUCGUUGUUCGGAAAAUUGAAAUGCCGAGCCAGGGCCGUUACGAAGGAGGUUAACGGGCGGCAGAUGAUGAAAAUCACCAAACCCCUGCAUAAUCACACUCGCGACGUGUAUUCGUUUGAUAAGUAUAUUGUUUUCGUAGUAAAUAACGUGGGUGGCCUUCAAAUCUGCGUAGAUGGAUAUCCCUUCAUCCGAUCGAGGACAACCGACGAAGUUCAGUAUUGGAAAACGGCUAGGCUGUCCAGUUCGUGCCUCCUCAAACGACGAUAUGCCGGAACACAGAUCGAGUACCGAGGCAGAGACGUGACGUUUUCGCCGAGCUGCCGCGGUAUGCCAAAAAUGACUCUGGAAGGGUACGUCUACAUUCGGAACGCUGGAAAUGCUACCAAGACGUACUGGCUUUGCGAGCGUGGAAAGCGAUUCAAGUGUCGCACCCGUGCGAUAACGUAUCGAGGCACGGGGCAUACCUCGAAUCCAACCUUCAACAGACUGCUAUUCAUCAAAGGACAACGUGGCCCGAAACUGAUCUUCGAUGGAUAUUCAUUCAACAGAAACAAAGGCCAUAGUCAAACCACCUACUGGCGGUGUACGAAACAUCAAUCGCUCGGCUGCAAAGCCAAACUGGUUACCACAAAUCUGGGCAAAAAGAUUUCCAUCGGGACUCUGGUUCACUGCCACAAGGCUGAUUACAGUCAAUUGAUCUAA